GCCCGUGCCACGGCGUGCAUCCUCUGAGCAGCCGUCAGAGUCAGCUGACAUCAUGGAGCGCAGGGUGCUCUGGCUGCUGCUGCUGGUCCUGGCCUUGGGGUCCUCCAAAUCGGCCAGCGAGUACGUCGGCCUGUCGGCGAACCAGUGUGCCGUCCCGGCCAAGGACAGGGUGGACUGCGGCUACCCCCAGGUCAGCCCGGAGCAGUGCAACAACAGGGGCUGCUGUUUCGACUCAAGCAUCCCCGAGGUGCCCUGGUGCUUCAAGCCUCUGCAGGAAACAGAAUGCACAUUUUGAAGUACCACACGAGCACCUGGUCCCUGGCCUCCCGGGGUGUGAGCCUCCACUGUGGGCAUCUUGCCCAGGAUCGUCUUUGCUUCCUUAUCCCUCUGCUCCUGGCAAGUGCUCCCGCUGAGAAUUAAUAUUUGGGGCCUGAUGUCUUAAAGAAUAAAACUCCCGUGCCUGACACGAGGACAGUUCUUCAUUCCUGAACCUCUACCGUUGUGUUUUAUUUCUGCCAAGUAGCUCUCCUUCCCUUCUCGGCACUCCGUGGUGGGGGAGGCAGGAGGGUGUUAUGUAUCUCCCAGGAGGCAGGAAAACGAUCCCUAAGGAGCUGCUUCAGGACCAGGGCUGAUAGGGCAGGGACAGCAAGGAGCUUUAAGAGUGAUCACUUCUGCAUGUAUGUUGAGAAAAGGCAAGCCAAUAAAACCAUCUUACAAACUGUUA